AUGAGCUGGCCCGCCUCUUCUCUUACAUACUGCACCCCGGCCCAGCCACACAAGGCCCGGCAACUCGGUCCCCUCCACACGCUCCCACGCUCCCUCCCACGCCCAUCGGAUCCCCCAUCACGUCAUCCCCGCUGCCUGUCCCGCCCGCGACUCUUCGUCGCCUCCGUGCCCGCCAUCGGCCCCCAUCUCCCCAAUCCGUCCUCGCCCUCCGUCCGCCCACGCGACCCACCCGCCUCGUGCCCGCGCGUGGCCCAGAUACCCAUCGUCAUCGCCCCAUUAGUACAUCCCCAUCCGCGUCCCACAUCUACACCUGCAUCUUCCAUCUCCAUCUCCCCAUUACAUCACCCCGCUUCUGCACCUGCCCUCCCCCCUCCCCCGUCCCCCGUUCCCCUCCUGCCCCGUCCAUUUCCAAUCUCCGCCCCCCAGCGCCCUCCGCCCUUAUCAAACCCCACCUCGUUCCCCGCCUCGUACGCAGGUGACUCAUCGCCCCGCCUCGCGUCUCCUUUCUGCGUUGCUUUCUGGAAUAAGGGCGGUCCAUGCGCCGCGUACGAAUACCCCAGCGCCUACGUGCGCCGCGCGGCAUCCGCGCACGCACGCACGCAUCAUCAUCCCACACCCGCUCGCGCGCCCUCGCCAUUCCCACCAUCACGCACCCACAUCCCCGCCGCCCGCUCCAGUCCCGCCCCUCGCCUCUCGCCCCUCGCCAGCCGUCUCUCGACCCUCAACAACUCAAAUGCAAUCCAUCCCCGCGCGUCCACCUCCGCGCGCAAAUCGCAAAUCGGCGCUCAGUCCGCCAGCCCGCGUGCAGCACGCCCGCGAUCCCCGCAAGCCCGCAAGCCCGCGCAAAUCUGGUGCAAAUCCUCGCACAAUCUCGCACAAUCUCGCACAAUCUCGCUGAAUCCUCGUCGAAUUUCUGGCGCGUCCAUCCUCUGCGACGCCCCCUGCGGAUCUCCUGCACCGCCCCGGUCCGCGUCUCGCUCCCGGUCCUGGUCCCCAUCCCGCCUCGCCUCGUCUCCCGCCUCUCUGCGUAUUUCUGCUUCCUUCGAGCUCUCUCCGCUUGCCGUCGCUCAACGCCUAUACACGAUCACGAGCACGCGCGACGGCCCGCGCGCACCCAUCUCAGUCUCAUCUCGCGCACCGUCCCUCGUGAAGCGAUAUACGAAUUCUGGGGCGGGUAGGGGCAGCCUCGAGGCUGGUGAGGUUGCGUCCCUGGGGUUCGACGGGGACGGGCCUGCGUUCGCGCUCGUUUUUUUGCACCCGGUUGGGUCUGGUUUCCGAGCUUUCGACGACGACGCGCCGCAUCCGACUCGCACAAACACACACAAAGGCACAGGAGAGGACGACGCGGGAGUCCAGGCUCGGCUGCUGUGGGCACUCUCUUAUCGAGUCGUCAUCGCGGACCUCAUCGCCCGCUGGACACCCGAUGAACACUCGAGCACUCGACCGUGCCCGUCCAGAAGCGAAGCCGGCAAAGGCGCCUGCGGCGCGUGGGCUCAUAGGGUCCGAUGGCGAUUAUCGAUGCGAUCGCGGCCGACGGCGGCGACGAUUGGACACGGGGCCCCUGGCGAAGGCGCGCGCACUGCUUGUUGGCAGGGCUCGGACUUGGGCUUGCUAGGGUGGCGCAGCCGCGCGCGACGGUUCUUCGCUUGCGCGGGUGCGGACUUGCAUUGGGCGCGAUGGCUGCGACGAAGUCGGUCUUCUAGAACCUGCGCGCCGAGCGCCCUUCUCACCCGGAUCGGCCUGGUGUCGAUGACCACCGUCGGCGGACCCGGGCUCGGGCACGCGCCUCGCUCGCUUGUCGCUUCUGUGUCUCCGGUGGAGGCUAGCGCACGCGCCGCCUGCGCAGGCUAG